GUUGAUGGAAAUUUCUAAGGAAGGAAACAAUUAUUUGCCAUCUUUACUUCAAGAUGAGAGCAAUGAAUAUCCAACAAAAAUUUCUUUAGAUUCUGAAAUUCAAGUGGAAGAAUUUCUUCUUUUACUUUUUAAAACUUAUAGUAUGUUUAUUUUCCUAAUUCGUUAUUAUUAG